AUGGACGAGCUCAACGCGCCCAACACGUUCGAGCAGGUGCUGGGCAAUACAACGCCCACACUAUUGGAUUUUCUAGACGCGCUUGAGGAUGUGGACAUGACGGCCGACGCGCUACCGAUGGCCUCGACCGUGCCUGCGAAGGGAGAUAAUAGACCGAUACCGGUUGUGAAAAGGCUACUGGGUCAGUCGUGGCAAGAUGCCGCUUCUCGCGAAUCAUUGGCCCGCCAAAUGGCGAAUAUCGACAAUGAACAACUGCGCAGGGUCUUGCAUAUGCAGGUGAAGUAUGCUCGGAAGUUGCACCGGAUGAUAACGCAACAAAUGACCAAUGCCGCUGUGGCUCAAGUGCUCGGAUGCCUUCCAGCAUUUUCUGAGGAUGAUGUCCGCCCCCCACAGGAUAAUAAUGUGGUGUUUCAGAAGAUAUUGAGUGCUAUGGACGGAUAUUGCAAGGAUGUCGGCAGUAUAUUCGUAACAGAGAAUGCUAGCGAAGAGAAAGAUAAAGGCCACGUGUCGAUUCAUCACGCUCGUGGGCUGCAGGUGCAACUUGUGAAUACGUAUGCUGUUCCGUUUAGCGUGGGAGCGACGGAGCAAGCUAUUUGGAAGGUUUUGACUGGGAGAGAGAGAAACGACGAGAACAGCCGAGUGGCUUACAACGAGGUACGCGAAGUUGUUGAAGAUGCGCUCAUCAGCAAGGUAAACGUGACGAUUUAA